GGUUGGUUGGUGGUGGUGGUGGUGGUGGUGGCGGCUGUGACGACGACAGCGGCCCCCAUGCUUUGAAAGGCAGCUUCAAAACACAUCGCCGUUCGGCGCUCGCCAAACCUCCCUCGGCUGAUACAACUGAGCUGACAAAACAUGGCCGGCCAUUUACCUCCUUGUGUCAUUGACUGCGGGACGGGAUAUACAAAGCUUGGCUAUGCAGGUAACACAGAACCACAGUUUAUCAUUCCUUCAUGUAUAGCUAUCAAAGAAUCAGCCAAGGUAGGUGACCAUGCUCAGCGGAGAUUGGUGAGGGGAGUGGAUGACCUAGACUUUUACAUAGGCGACGAAGCUGUAGAUAAACCCACGUAUGCCACAAAGUGGCCCAUUCGACACGGAAUAGUUGAGGACUGGGAUCUAAUGGAGAGAUUUAUGGAGCAUGUGAUAUUCAAGUAUCUACGAGCAGAACCUGAAGAUCAUCACUUUUUAAUGACAGAACCACCUCUCAACACACCAGAGAAUCGAGAGUACCUUGCAGAAAUCAUGUUCGAGUCCUUUAACGUCCCAGGUCUUUAUAUUGCAGUCCAGGCUGUUCUAGCCUUAGCUGCUUCCUGGACCUCACGGCAGGUGGGAGAACGCACACUAACUGGCAUAGUGAUAGACAGUGGAGAUGGAGUGACCCAUUGUAUUCCAGUGGCUGAAGGUUACGUCAUUGGAAGCUGCAUUAAACACAUCCCUGUUGCAGGUCGAGAUAUUACCUUUUUCAUUCAACAGCUCUUAAGGGAAAGGGAAAUUGGAAUACCACCUGAACAAUCCCUGGAGACUGCCAAGGCCAUCAAGGAGAGAUAUUGUUACAUCUGCCCUGAUAUAGUUAAGGAAUUCACUAAAUAUGACACUGAUCCUGGGAAAUGGAUCAAGCCGUACAUCGGUAUCAAUGCUAUCAGCAAGCGACAAUUUGCUGUAGAUGUGGGCUAUGAGAGGUUCCUGGGACCUGAAAUUUUCUUCCAUCCAGAGUUUGCAAAUCCGGACUUUAUGCAGCCUAUUUCAGAGGUAGUUGAUGAAGUAAUACAAAACUGUCCCAUAGAUGUUAGACGUCCGUUGUAUAAGAACAUUGUUCUUUCUGGAGGUUCAACAAUGUUUAGAGACUUUGGACGUCGUCUGCAAAGAGAUCUAAAAAGAGUAGUGGAUGCAAGAUUGAAAAUUAGUGAACAGCUUAGCGCUGGUCGAAUAAAGCCUAAGCCAAUUGAGGUCCAGGCGAUAACCCACCAUAUGCAGCGGUAUGCAGUUUGGUUCGGUGGCUCCAUGCUUGCAUCAACACCUGAGUUUUACCAAGUGUGUCACACGAAAAAAGAUUAUGAAGAAUUUGGUCCUAGUAUUUGUCGGCACAAUCCAGUCUUUGGAGUCAUGUCAUAAUGGCAGCUAUGAGUAACUGCAGCAUAGGAACUGAAGACCCUGCUACAGGACAGGAUGGGUGUAAGAACUGGCAAGUUUGUACCACUGCUGAAUUUAAAUCUGGACAUUCAUACUUGGAAUGCUUAAUCCGUCAGGGGUGGACGCUGUCUAGAAUCAUUUCUACUAAGCUCAACAUGUGCCAGCUAUUUAUGUUCUCUCAACGUCCCUUUAUUCCCUUAUUUAAGCUUAGUGCACCUAGUGUUUUGGUUUUGAAAAGUAAUGCGAGCAGCAUUAAUACUCCCUUUCUAGUGAAGGAAUGAAAUGGUUUAACUGAAGGGAUUUGUUUCCCCUUUGUAAAUAUAGAAAGAUAUAUUGCAGAUCAUGCGACAGUUUGGCUUAUAUUUCAUAAAUUGUUUUGUAUUAUAAGAUUGUAAUUUUCUCAGCACAAUAUGGAUGAGUGUGAUGUGUAUUAAUGUAUACAGUUGAACAUCUUGAACUUGGAAAUAUGGAGCUCCCCAGCAGCUGCUGUUUGUUUAUUUAAAAGAAAAUAAAGUUUUCUCUUAGGACAAUUUUUUUUAUUGAAGUAAAAUUAUCCUCAAGUUUGUUCUUUUUUCAGUUUACAGUAUUGGUUGUAAUAUCAUGUCUUAUAGAUGUUGGUGCUUCUUAAAUAGUUAUUUAUUACCAGUGUUUCAGGGUUGCUUUUUUGAGCCAGGAUAUAGAGAGAACUGUUAAAUAUUUUGAGAUUAUAAUAGAUGGAUGAAAUGCUACCGUGCACCAUUUUAAUAAAGGCACUUCACAAAGCA